UAGCGGAGGGAGUGAGAAGAAGAGUGUGUUGGAUGAGAAAGAGAGAAAAACGAGAGAAAAUCGCACGAAAAAGAGGACUGAAGUCGCACCGUUCGGCGAUAUGACUUAAACUCUGACCGUAGAGAUGAGCCGAGGCGCUGGAGGAUUUAACCCGGCGUGUUUUUGCCUGUUGUAAGCGCCGAGGUGCCGGUGAACGUGCGCGAGCGUGAGAAGUUGAGGCGAGCUUUAAACUUGCACGGCUGGGAGAGCAGAGAGGGGAGAGGAGAGCGGUGGGGUGGGUGUACGUGUGAGGGGGCUCGCUGGUACUCCGUGCUGUGAACGCUGUUGGUAACGCUGGAUAUAAUGUGGAAAACCUGUGCGAAUACGGACCACAGCUUCGAGGUUUUUCAGUCACGGUCACGGUAAACGGAAGAUCUGUCUGCACUGUAAGUGUCCUCGUGAGGAUCAUGUUGUGACGGUCAUGCCUCUGGAGAUGGAGAAGACUGUGACCAAGCUGAUGUACGACUUCCAGAGGAACUCCACGUCAGACGAUGACUCGGGCUGCGCUCUCGAGGAGUACGCCUGGGUGCCUCCCGGCCUUAAACCUGAACAGGUGCAUCAGUAUUACAGCUCUCUCCCGGAGGAGAAGGUGCCAUAUGUGAACAGCCCUGGAGAGAAACACCGUAUCAAACAGCUCCUGCACCAGCUGCCCCCCCACGACAAUGAGGUGCGGUACUGCAACUCUCUGGACGAUGAGGAGAAGAGGGAGCUUAAGCUGUUCAGUAAUCAGAGGAAGAGAGAGAACCUGGGCCGAGGAAAUGUCCGCCCAUUCCCCGUCACCAUGACUGGAGCCAUCUGUGAACAGUGCGGUGGUCAGAUUAACGGUGGCGACAUUGCCGUGUUUGCGUCUCGGGCGGGUCAUGGUGUGUGUUGGCACCCUCAGUGUUUCGUGUGCAGUAUUUGUGAUGAGCUGCUGGUGGAUCUGAUCUACUUCUACCAGGAUGGAAAGAUCUACUGCGGCCGACAUCACGCCGAGAGGCUGAAACCACGCUGUUCAGCCUGCGACGAGAUCAUCUUUGCGGAUGAGUGUACCGAAGCAGAAGGCAGGCACUGGCACAUGAAACACUUCUGCUGUUUUGAGUGCGAGACGGUUUUGGGCGGUCAGCGCUACAUCAUGAAGGAGGGCCGGCCGUACUGCUGCAGCUGUUUCGAGUCGCUCUACGCGGAAUAUUGCGACUCCUGCGGAGAACAUAUCGGUAUUGACCAAGGCCAGAUGACAUAUGAUGGUCAGCACUGGCAUGCUACUGAGACCUGCUUCUGCUGUGCCCGCUGCAAGAAGUCCCUCCUUGGACGGCCGUUCUUGCCCAAACAGGGUCAGAUCUUCUGCUCGCGGGCAUGCAGCGUGGGCGAGGACGCCAAUGGCUCGGACUCCUCAGACUCGGCCUUCCAAAACGCCAGAACCCGUGAGGCUCGCCGAAGCUCCAAAUCCAGCAAGACUAGCAGUGGUGGUGGUGGAGGUGGUGGGAAGGGUUCUAGUGGCCGCUAUUCUGCUGAUGUGGACCCUCUGUCCCUGCAGAUGGACCUCCUUAGCCUGUCCAGUCAAACCCCCAGCCUGUCCAGAGAGCCCCCAUCCUGGAAGAACCAGAAUGAAAUGUAUGACUAUGAAAGCCGUAAUGAAUCCUCCCCCACCCCGCUCCAGCUGCUGAGUCAGUGCAACAUCCGGGCGUCCUAUUCCCCCAACCCUGCCCCUGGUCACCCUCAGGACAACCGGCUCAAAGAGCCGGCACCAUCUAAAAGACCUCCCAUAUCUGCCCUGAAGGGACAUUCCUUUAACGAGAACUGGUUCCAGACAGAGCCAGAAGACUAUUACCCGCAAAAGCUGAAACCGCAGGCUAGCUUUAACGAGUUGCCACCCAACGGCUUUAUGGACAAGCGCUCAGUCAGCCUGCAUGUGUUCCAGAGAGAAAGGGACAGGGAGCGGGACAGGGAGGUUGGGCCACAGGUGGGCCGCAGCCGGAACCCCAUCAGCGCACUUAGCUUUAGCGAACAGCUGACUCCACUGGAGCAAACGCCUCGCGGGUCCAUGGAGUCAUUGGCACUGUCCAACGCUACAGGUACGUCUGCAGAUGGUGGUGGUAAGAGACAGGAGCACCUAUCUCGUUUCUCCAUGCCCGACCUGAGCAAAGACUCGGGCAUGAACGUCUCUGAGAAAAGCAACAUGGGCACACUCAACUCUUCAGUCCAGUUCCACAGUUCAGAGUCUCUCCGCAGCCUCACCACUGGUCAGCCUUACCUGGAGAUGGAACCACCCGUGCAGGUGAAUUAUCCACUAACAUACACACAGGAAUCGCCCGGAAUCCCCGGAAUCACUGCCCUGCCACCCGGCUUUACCUACCAGGAAGAGGACAGAGCAAGUUUGGUUAGCAACGCUAACAAUGCCCGUUUGGCACCCAUGAGCGAACGGACUCACCGUCGCACUGUUGAAUUGGAGGAGCCACGACGAAGGCACCAUCAUCGCUCACGCCGUUCAAGACGUUCCCGCUCUGAAAAUGCACUCAACCUGGCAGCCGAGAGGCGUCCACCUGUUCCAGAACGGUCGCAGCCGCGAGUCCGUGAGGAUUACGAUAGGUUCCCUUCUCCACGUGGGCCAAGGGACCCUUUGAGUGGCAGGUCAAGACAGCAGGCCUUCAGGCCGUGCCCUCGAACGACUUCUGACCUCACGCUCCAAAAUCCCACUCCAAACCGUCAUCUGGGCCGCUAUGCCUGGGAUCAAUACGAUUACGAUGACGACUGGUGCUCCACCUGCUCUUCGUCAUCCGAGUCUGAGGAUGAAGGCUAUUUCUUGGGCGAGCCCAUUCCCAAGCCAGUCCACUUGAGGUAUAUGACCAGUGAGGACUUAAUGCACAAAUACAACACUUCAGGACUAACAGGAUCUGGUCAUUUGGGCGGCCGUGGACAGUUACAUACUCGCAAGCGCAGGAAAAGCAAGAACUGUAUUAUAUCCUAACAUUAAUCCCUGAGGCACUCCUUUGCACAAUAAGAAUUCACUUCAAGUCCUAGUCCAACGCUUUUCAGUAUCGUGAGGUCGUUAGAGUGAUAUGCAGUAAUUUCAGUGUCGCACAUGCUUUUGCAUGGUUUUUCCCUUUGAUAUUCAUAGAUAACCCUGGCUAUUGCAUCUCAUACAAAGCUUACCCCCACCAAUGGGGCCAAUGUGCAGUUGAGCUUAGUUUAACCCGUUGAUAGCCAGCACGGUUUUUAGUGUGGUACCGCUUUUUCAUUGCAGUGUGUCUCUAUUAUGGGAAAAUUCACAGUUUAUUCAGUAACAAGGUGUAUAUGAAUAAAUGAAGUAAUAAAUUCACUAAGUUAAGGAUGUAAAGUAAAUAAUGUGUAAAUGAUGUAUCACAUAUUUUUAUAUUUUGUAUUAAUAGAAUCAUUUAUGUAUUAAGUAUAAUGUAGAGAUUGGGUAGAAACGCAUGCACAUUAA